GGUAGCGGCGGUUGCCAGGGCGACGGGAGCCAUCCAGAGCCGCUGGUACUCGGAAUUGGAGACGGCGAACCGGUGACCAGCGGCGGGCUUUGCCCGCUUCGGCCGUUCGCUCUGGGUUCCCACGAUGUUCUUCUACCUGAGCAAGAAAAUUUCCAUUCCCAAUAAUGUGAAGCUAAAAUGCAUAUCUUGGAACAAGGACCAAGGGUUCAUAGCGUGUGGUGGUGAAGAUGGAUUACUGAAAGUUUUGAAAUUAGAGACACAGACAGAUGAUGCAAAAUUGAGGGGUCUUGCUGCCCCUAGUAAUCUUUCUAUGAAUCAGACUCUUGAAGGUCAUAGUGGUUCUGUUCAAGUUGUAACAUGGAAUGAACAGUAUCAGAAAUUGACCACCAGUGAUCAAAAUGGGCUUAUCAUUGUCUGGAUGUUAUAUAAAGGCUCUUGGUAUGAGGAAAUGAUCAACAAUCGGAAUAAAUCAGUGGUUCGAAGUAUGAGUUGGAAUGCUGAUGGACAGAAGAUCUGCAUUGUGUAUGAAGAUGGGGCUGUGAUAGUGGGUUCAGUGGAUGGCAAUCGUAUUUGGGGAAAAGACCUGAAGGGUGUACAGUUGUGCCAUGUAGCAUGGUCAUCAGAUAGUAAAAUCUUACUUUUUGGAAUGGCAAAUGGUGAAAUACACAUUUAUGAUAAUCAAGGAAAUUUUAUAAUGAAAAUGAAGCUGAAAUGUUUGGUAAACGUCACUGGAGCAAUCAGCAUUGCGGGAAUUCAUUGGUACCAUGGCACAGAGGGCUAUGUGGAGCCCGAUUGCCCUUGCCUUGCUGUUUGUUUUGACAAUGGGAGAUGCCAAAUAAUGAAACACGAGAAUGACCAAAAUCCAGUUUUGAUUGAUACUGGCAUGUAUGUGGUCAGUAUCCAGUGGAACCAAACUGGCAGUGUGUUAGCUGUGGCAGGCUCUCAGAAAGCAGUCACUCAGGAUAAAGAUGUUAACACGGUGCAGUUUUACACUCCAUUUGGUGAGCAUUUGGGCACUUUGAAAGUUCCUGGAAAGCAGAUGUCUGCACUAUCUUGGGAAGGAGAUGGACUGAAAAUUGCACUAACUGUUGAUUCCUUUAUAUAUUUUGCGAACAUUCGGCCCGAUUAUAAGUGGGGCUAUUGUUCAAAUACUGUGGUGUAUGCAUAUACCAGACCAGAUCGUCCUGAGUACUGUGUUGUCUUUUGGGACACUAAAAACAAUGAGAAAUAUGUUAAAUAUGUGAAGAGUAUCAUUUCCAUUACCACUUAUGGCGAUUUCUGCAUUUUGGCUACAAAAGCUGAUGAAAGUCAUCCUCAGGAGGAGAAUGAAAUGGAGACAUUUGGUGCAACGUUUGUGCUAGUUCUUUGUAAUUCUAUUGGCACACCCUUGGAUCCCAAAUACAUUGAUAUUGUGCCCUUAUUUGUUGCAAUGACCAAAACUCACGUGAUAGCAGCUUCGAAAGAAGCAUUUUAUAUUUGGCAAUAUCGUGUGGCAAAGAAGCUCACAGCACUGGAAAUUAAUCAGAUAACGCGAUCCCGGAAAGAAGGAAGAGAAAGAAUUUAUCAUGUUGAUGAUACUCCUUCUGGAUCAGUGGAUGGGGUCCUUGAUUAUAGCAAAGCCAUUCAAGGCACAAGAGAUCCAAUUUGUGCCAUAACUGCAUCUGAUAAGACACUCAUUGUGGGUCGUGAGUCUGGCACCAUUCAGAGAUACAGUCUUCCUAAUGUUGGUUUGAUUCAAAAAUAUUCCCUUAAUUGUCGAGCCUACCAGUUAUCCUUAAAUUGCAACUCUAGUCGUCUUGCUAUCAUAGACAUCUCAGGAGUUCUAGUGUUCUUUGACUUGGACACUCGGGUAACAGACAGUACAGGACAGCAAGUAGUCGGCGAGCUGUUAAAAUUGGAGAGGAAAGAUGUCUGGGAUAUGAAGUGGGCCAAGGAUAAUCCUGAUUUGUUUGCAAUGAUGGAGAAGACAAGAAUGUAUGUUUUCAGAAACUUGGAUCCUGAGGAACCCAUUCAGACCUCUGGAUAUAUUUGUAACUUUGAGGAUUUAGAAAUCAAAUCUGUCCUGUUGGAUGAGAUAUUAAAGAAUCCAGAACAUCCAAACAAGGAUUAUAUAAUUAACUUUGAGAUUCGGUCUCUUCGAGAUAGUCGAGCAUUAAUUGAGAAGGUUGGAAUUGAAGAUGCAUCUCAGUUCAUAGAGGACAAUCCACACCCCCGACUUUGGCGAUUACUGGCUGAAGCAGCUCUUCAGAAACUGGAUUUGCCCACUGCAGAGCAAGCAUUUGUGCGCUGCAAAGAUUACCAAGGCAUUAAGUUUGUGAAGCGCCUGGGAAAUCUGCAGAGUGAGUCAAUGAAGCAGGCGGAAGUGGUGGCCUACUUUGGUAGGUUUGAAGAGGCUGAAAGAAUGUAUCUUGAUAUGGACAGAAGAGAUCUCGCUAUUGGCCUCCGACUGAAAUUAGGAGAUUGGUUUAGAGUACUCCAGCUCUUGAAAACUGGAUCUGGUGAUGCAGAUGACAGUCUCCUUGAACAAGCCCACAGUGCCAUUGGAGACUACUUUGCUGAUCGACAAAAGUGGUUGAAUGCUGUACAAUAUUAUGUACAAGGCCGGAACCAGGAACGCUUAGCUGAAUGUUAUUUUAUGUUAGAAGAUUAUGAGGGAUUGGAGAAUCUUGUCAAUUCACUUCCGGAAAACCACAAGUUGCUUCCAGAAAUAGCACAAAUGUUUCAGAGAGUUGGAAUGUGUGAACAAGCAGUGACUGCGUUUUUGAAAUGUAAUCAACCAAAGGCAGCUAUAGAUACCUGCAUACAUCUGAACCAAUGGAACAAAGCUGUUGAAUUAGCUAAAAGCCAUAAUAUGAAAGAAAUUGGAUCUCUAUUAGCUAGGUAUGCAUCUCACUUACUGGAAAAGAAUAAAAUUCUUGAUGCUAUAGAACUUUAUCGGAAAGCCAGUUUCUUUUUUGAUGCUGCUAAACUGAUGUUUAAGAUUGCCAAUGAAGAGGCAAAGAAAGGAAGUAAACCUUUACGUGUGAAGAAGCUCUAUGUACUGUCAGCCUUACUUAUAGAGCAGUACCAUGAGCAGAUGAAGAGUGCCCAGCGAGGAAAAGUGAAGGGGAAGAAUUCAGAGGCCACUUCUGCUUUGGCUGGUUUGCUGGAAGAGGAAGUUCUGUCUACAACUAGUCGCUUCACAGACAAUGCCUGGAGAGGGGCUGAGGCUUACCACUUCUUUAUCCUUGCGCAAAGGCAGCUCUACGAGGGCUAUGUUGACACUGCACUGAAGACAGCUCUUCACCUGAGAGACUAUGAAGACAUCAUCCCUGCAGUUGAGAUAUACUCUCUGUUAGCACUCUGUGCGUGUGCCAGUAGAGCUUUUGGUACUUGUUCCAAAGCUUUCAUUAAACUUGAAUCAUUAGAGACUCUCAGUUCGGAACAGAAACAGCAAUAUGAAGACCUCGCUCUAGAAAUCUUCACCAAACAUAAUCCAAAAGAUAACAGAAAAUCAGAACUGGACAGCCUUCUUGAAGGGGGAGAAGGGAAAUUGCCAACAUGCGUUGCCACAGGAAGCCCAAUCACUGAGUAUCAGUUCUGGAUGUGUGCUGUGUGCAAGCACUGUGUUCUUGCUCAGGAAAUCAGCAACUACAACUUCUGUCCCUUAUGCCAUAGUUCAGUGGGAUAACAGAAAGACGAAUGUAUAUAAUUUUAAAAAUACAUGUAACAUAUAAAGCUCUAACUGUAUAUAUAAAAUAAGGUUUCUUUUCUAUAAGUUUUAUAUGAAAAUAAGCUUCAUUUUUUUAUAGUUGGAUUUUUGUACAAAAUUUAUGUAAUAAAAUAGCUUUUAUGCAGAGGUACAACUGUGAAAUAAUAAGGUUAACUUUCAUGUAAAACAUAUACAAGUCAGUCUUAUUUUUUUCCUAUCUCUAUUGCUAUCAUUUAUUUAUCUCAUGGUUGGUUACAUGAUCCUAUGGCAACAUUCCAAAUAAGAAAUAUUUUUUCUCCCCAUGCCAAGGUUACUAAUUCAUUAUACAACCUUGGGGAGGUAGAUGGGCAAUGGGGGAAACAUGGGAAUGGGCAAAGCUGAAUUUAGAGAUUGACAUAAUCUGUGCAUUACAGGAUAUCUGCCCAAGAGAACUUAUCUCCUGUUGAACUUAAUUAUAUCUUUCCACAGGACUUUGUUUUUUAGGGAUGAGACUAUUCUCUGCUUUAUCAAUGAAAGAAAUUUUCAGAGUUGUAGGGAUAGUGUGCCUGUCACUAGUUCCGUCAUUGUGAGAAGCUCCUGCAGGACUCUGUUUAGUUGUGAGUCUUGGUCCAUGGUCUGAUGCCUAGGUGUCUCUUCUUUCCCUAUCCCGUUCUUACCCAGGAAUCUAUUGAGAACUCAUUAACUCCUAAGCCUCUCCUAAUAAACCUUUCAGGAACUUUCUCUUGAAGCCAUCUAGCUCCAUCUGCCUAAGCCCUGGAUUUUUCCUCCAACUAAUUAUUUUAGAUAGAUCCCGAGUUGCUGCCAAGCUGAACUUCAUGUUCAGUUUUGAUUCAGAUAAACUCUGAUACCUUGUGGAUCUAAUUUUCAUAUAUGUAUAUGUAUCUGUAUAUCCAUCCACACAUAUAUAACUAUGUAUGUGCACACAAGAGAUACAUCUGUUCUACUAUUGUAAAAAUGUGUAUGAUUCUUGGGGAUCUAAAUCUGUGGAAGUUUUUAAAUGAUCUGCCACUAUGUCUUGGGACUUUUGUUCAACUUAAAAAUGGUACUAGAACCUAUAGUAUGAAUUUAUCUGAUUGGUUUUAUUCAACUCUCCCUUGAUGAAAGGGACAGAGAGAAGCAAAAGUGGCUAUAUAAAACAAAUACCUGAAGAGAAGUUGGAUGGACGGAGGUAGUGUACUGGAGACAGGAUAAUGAAAUUGCUGUUCUUUUUUUUUUUCUGGCCAUCAUAAACAUGGACUUACUUUGAGCAAUGCUGAGUCAUUCUUUAUUUGAAUUACAUUAUGUUUUAAAAUGGUAUGGUAGGCAUAAGUAUUCAAAUGACAGAACCAACUGAUGCAGCUAUACACAUAAGCAAUGUGCCUAAUAAGCACUGUAGCAUUGUUGACUUACCACACUCAAAAAAUGCUAACUUCAUUUUAAGUUGCUUUGCUUAUAUUUUGAAAUUGCUGAGACCUUUGGUUUUUAUUAUUAUGUGAAAAUAAUAAAUACUGAAGAAAAAAGGA